UACAUCGAUACUGUCGUGAGUUGUCCAGCUCUAGUUCUGCUCUGAAAUUAACCAGCCGCCUGAUAACCAAAUUAAAAGUUAUUAAAUCGGAACAAAUCGCAGCAAAGUGUUCACAAUGAGCGAGCAGAAAACGAGUGGGAGUGGGUCAGCGGUCACGGCCCGUCUGCAAAUCGAGGCGGAGUACAAGGACAAAGGGCCGCAAUGGCAUCGCUUUUACAAGGAAAUUUGUGAGACCUGCGACAGGGAGGCGAAGGAGAAGCAGUUCAGCACCUCGGAAUCGGAACGUCACACCAACCGCGGCCUGAAUCGCUAUCGGGAUGUGAAUCCGUACGACCAUUCCCGCAUUGUUCUGAAGCGCGGCAGCGUGGACUACAUCAAUGCGAACCUGGUUCAGCUGGAGCGCGCCGAUCGCCAGUACAUCCUGACCCAAGGACCGCUGGUGGACACAGUGGGCCACUUCUGGCUGAUGGUAUGGGAGCAGAAGUCUAGGGCGAUUCUCAUGCUCAACAAGCUGAUGGAGAAGAAACAGAUCAAGUGCCACCUCUACUGGCCCAACGAGAUGGGAGCCGAUAAGGCCCUGAAGCUCCCCCACGUCAAACUCACCGUGGAGCUCGUUCGUCUCGAGACCUAUCAGAACUUUGUGCGGCGAUGGUUCAAACUAACCGAUCUCGAAACGCAGCAGAGCCGUGAAGUGAUGCAGUUCCACUACACCACAUGGCCGGACUUUGGCAUUCCCAGCUCGCCGAAUGCAUUCCUUAAGUUCUUGCAGCAGGUUCGCGACUCUGGCUGCCUUAGCCGCGACGUGGGUCCGGCCGUGGUGCACUGCAGUGCCGGAAUUGGGCGGUCGGGCACCUUCUGCCUGGUGGACUGCUGCCUGGUCCUGAUCGACAAGUACGGAGAGUGCAAUGUGUCCAAGGUGCUCUGCGAGCUGCGCAGCUACCGCAUGGGCCUUAUACAGACCGCCGACCAGCUGGACUUCUCCUACCAGGCGAUCAUCGAGGGCAUCAAAAAGCUGCACGAUCCCACCUUUCUGGACGCUGAAGAACCCAUCAUUAGCAACGACACAGAGACUCACACACUGGAUGAGCUGCCGCCGCCGUUGCCGCCACGCAUCCAAUCGCUUAACCUGCCACUGGCCCCCAAUUCCGGCGGCAUACUUUCGCUUAAUAUGCGCGCGGCCCAGGCUAAUGGCGCUGAGAGUAUCGGCAAAGAGCUGAGCAAGGACGCCCUGAACAACUUCAUUAACCAGCACGAUAUGAUCCACGAUGCCGAGGUGGCCGACAGCCGUCCCUUGCCGCCAUUACCCGUGAGAGCUUUCAACGACUCGGACAGCGAGGAGGAUUACUUGCUGGAUGACGACGACGAGGACGACACAGAUGAGGACGAGGAGUACGAGACCAUUAACGAGCACGAUGCCGAUCCAGUUAAUGGCCACGUGCCCGCAACAACACAGCCACAUGCCGACGACGUCAAUGCCAACAACGAGAAGCCAGCGGUGCCAGUCGACGAGCAGCACAAGGGGAACGGCAUCGAUUCAAUUCCAGGCCAACUCCCAGCCAGUCCCGAGAACGAGCUGAAGCGGCGAAAACGCAACGAAUACCAGGCCAGCCUGGAGCAGAAGGUCAACGACAUCAAGCGGAAGCAGCGGGAGAACGAGGACAACCAGCUGGCGGCAAAGAAACGAAGGUCAUUACUCACAUAUUUUGCCGCUGGUGUUGUGGUGAGCGUGAUCUGCGCCUACGCAUACACGAAGCUAGGUUAAGUGCCCCGUAGCCACUAAGUAGUCGUAGACCAGUAGUAGCAAUAGCUGUAUGACGUAUUUAGUUGCCGUAGGAGACCGAUUCCUCCCCUGAUUCCUCCCCCCAAUUUCCGACCUCCGAUCCAAACCAACUCAUCCGCCUGGCCUGGCAUUUAAUGCGGGCACGAAUCAUGGACGACGUUUCACGGAUCGGAAAGGAUCAGAGAUCGGACGGAAUCGCAUCGCAAUCGCACACGAAUUGCGGAUGGCGGAUUGAGCUGAACGAACGAAUGAUACACGAUGCAUAAAUAUUAGGGAAUUUUUGAUAUACGAAAUACAAGAAGGAAAACAAAAGAAACAUGAAAACAAAACAAGCAACUAAACUAACGAAAAUCGGGUAGAAAUCACGUCAAAUGUAGAUUUUGCGCAAUAGACUGACAUUUUAGAACAAAUUUAUUUUCUACACUCUAAAAAUGGAUUGAUAACAGAUUGAUAACCAGAUCCCCCGAACGAGCCGCACACCAAAUGCAAAGCUCACCUUACUUGCUCGCUAUGCAUUAAAUGAUUAUGAAUUAUUAUGAAUAUCAUAACCACCAAUGUUUCAAGCACCCGACAUCCCACUACACGCUUCACUUGUUGUUGUACAGCAAUUUCUUAUAGCAUACGACCUAUGUAUAUUUAUUUAUGAAGAUUAAUGAGAAACAACCACUUGUUGUAGUACAUACAUGGCAAAAAUAUAAAGUGCAGCAAUGUGCCAAAAAGAAACGAAUCGGAGAAUUGUAUGAAGUCCUAUACGACUCUUAAUUUUACUUUGCCUCCCGCCCCAACUAACUUUGAAUUGUUGUGUUUAAAAACCUUUCCCCUGCCCCUAAGAAAGAGCACUUUAUUAAUGAAUCGAAAUUCAGCGCCAUUAAAGCAAUAACUUAUGGAUAAACAAAA